CCGACAGCCAGAAUGAUCGCGAUAUCAAAGAUUGUGGCACCGGGUACCACCCGAUUCACUAUUCAUUCUCUUGUCCUGAUUUCCAAGGCGCUGAAUCUCAUUCAAUUUGACCAUUUCAUGACAUUUUCACACAUUUAAAGGCGUCAAUUCUUUCAUAUAAUUGCUUAGGCCGCCUCUGAGCCCGCUCGUCCCCUCGGUCAGUAGCCGCCGGUCGCUGUUGUAUCCGUACAAUGGCACCUGAAGAUGUUGUCCAGGCUGAGCUGGAGCACCCCCAGGGCGGCGCAAAGCAGACCGCAAAGGAUCUCUUCUCAGGCGCUGUUGGCGGCAUCGUUCAAGUCCUAGUCGGCCAGCCCUUUGACAUUGUCAAGGUCCGCCUCCAGACCACCACACAGUACUCAUCUGCUCUCAAUGCGGCCACAUCCAUCUACAAGACCGAGGGCCCCCUUGCGUUCUACAAGGGCACCCUCACACCCCUCGUCGGCAUCGGAGCCUGCGUGUCCGUGCAGUUUGGCGGCUUCCACCAGGCCCGUCGCUUCCUUGAGGGUCGCAACACGAGCCACGGCAAGCCAAAGGAUCUGAGCUACUCACAAUACGCCCAGGCCGGCGCCUUUGCGGGUGUCGCCAACUCCGUGCUCUCAGGUCCCAUUGAGCACAUCCGCAUCAGACUCCAGAGCCAGCCCCACGGGGCGGGCAAGCUCUACAACGGGCCGCUGGACUGCGUCCGGAAACUGGGCGCGCACCGUGGCGUCCUGAGCGGCGUCUACCGCGGCCAGGCCGUCACCAUGUGGCGCGAGGCCUUUGCCUACGGUGCCUGGUUCACCGCCUUUGAGUACAUGAUGAACACGGACGCGGCGCGCAACAAGAUGGACCGCAAGGACAUCCCCGGGUGGAAGGUCGCCCUGUACGGCGGUUUGGCCGGUGAGGCCCUCUGGCUCGCCAGCUACCCCUUUGACGUGGUCAAGAGCAAGAUGCAGACCGAUGGCUUUGGCGACAAGCAAAAGUACCCCAGCAUGCGGGCCUGCUUCCGGGACACGUGGCGGGCUGAUGGCGCGAGGGGCUUCUGGAAGGGUAUUGCGCCCACUUUGUUGAGGGCCUUGCCUGUGAGUGCGGGUACCUUUGCGACAGUCGAGUUUGUGAUGAGGUUGCUCGAUUAGACGAGACACCAUAAAGGUGAAUACAAGGCGCUUUGGGGGAUACACUAUUCAAAAAGAAAAUGGAUGCGGGCACCAGAAAUCCCGACAGCGACGAUAGAAGAAAGACUCAACAUCUACUGAUAGAUCUAACGUGGAUA